AUGAAUUUCCGUUUAAAUUGUGCUGUAAUAACGUUAAAAAGUGAAGAAUCUGUUUCUCUGAAAGCAGUUUCAGUCAGAGGUACAUUUAUAACGAGUGACGUAGCUCGUGGUUGGGAUGUUGCAGUUUGUGGUAGACGCGGUCAGAUUUUGGGAAGCAAUCGACACUCUGCGAAAGGUGGUGGGCGUGGUAACACUAAAUCGUUGAAUAAAUGA